GCGGCGGGUGGGGCGGAAAGUCCGCACGGCGCGGAGGAGCGUGGUCCCGCCGCGCCGCGUCCCGCAGGAUGUCGCUCCUUGCUGUACUUAGGACUGCAGCCUCGCUGCGCGGUUGCGUCCUCGGGGCGCCGCCGACCGCCGCCAUGGCUACGCUGAACCAGAUGCACCGGCAGGGCCGGCCCAAGCCGCCGCCUCCCAAGCCGGGGCCCACCUUCGGCCGCCCGCAGCUGAAGGGGGUGGUGGUGAGGAACCUCAUCCGCAAACCCAAGAAGCCCAACUCGGCCAACAGGAAAUGCGUGCGGGUGCGGCUGAGCAACGGGCGGGAGGUGGUGUGCUUCGUGCCGGGCGAGGGCCACAACCUGCAGGAGCACCACGUGGUGCUGGUGCAGGGCGGCCGCACGCAGGACCUGCCGGGGGUGAAGCUGACCGUGGUGCGGGGGAAGUACGACUGCGCCCACGUGCAGAAAAAGAAGUGAGCGCGGCCGAACGCUCCCGGCUUCUACGCUUAUUAAAGCGCUGCGUUCCCGGA